GAGGGGCCUGGAAACACCCUUUGCGUUCCCGAGAAGCGCUCUUUAAACUCCUCUCAUCGCCAGCCGUCCAAAUCCCGCACUACGUCAUCAUCACCGUUAAAUCCGUAGUCUGCACGCGGUCCUCAUCCCGGCUCCCCUCUCCUUUUCGAAUGAACUCCCCACUCGCCCCCUCUCCUUUUCUCGUCUCUUUCCGCUCGAUUCGAAUCCGCAAUUCUCUGUCUCUCGGCGUCCAUUUCUUUUCUCCCUCCUUUUCCCCCUUUCCAAAUCGCUGCCUCCCUCUUCUCUGAUUCUUGAAUUAUUGGAGGCAAUGCCGAGGAGAUCGCCUCAGUGAUCUGUUCUCAGUUCUAUGAUACUGAAUUCGAGCUUGGCGAGUUGCUGGUUGAAUUUGAUCGAAUUUGGCGGUUGAUUAAUGAGAGAAUUGGAAAUUAGGUGGUUGUUCGUUUGAACUGCAUGAGGUGGAGUUUUCCAUGGGAACAGUUGUUGACACACAGGUUGAUGGGGAAAAAGACAAUGAAGAGAGUGAUUUUGGAAAUAUCGGUGCUUCCAACCCGGUGGUUUACCAACUUGUUAGGGUUGAAGGCGACGGAAGGUUAGUUCCUGCUACAGAUGAUGAGGUUAUGGAGGUUGAGCAUCUGCUUGAUGAAAAUAAGAGUGGACUGGCUUCAGAUGAAGCUACAAAACAUUUUGAUGGAUGUGUUUCUAAUGAAAGGUUGCCCUCUAAAAAUUCUGACUUUGAAGGACUCUCACAAUCUGAAAAUGCCGAAGUUGAUUCACAAAAGUUGAAUGCUAGGCUUGAGUAUAUAGAGGUGAUGUUGCAAAAGGUUAAACAGGAAGAGAGGUUGCGGUUGUCGUCUGAAUCUCUAAUUCAUUCUGCCAAGUGCAUGGAUGUAAAGUGUCAGACUUCUGACAGUUGUAAUGAGACACAAGCCUGCAAUGACAAGCUCCAACCUGAGAAUACUUCAAUGGAAACUGCUCCUUCUUCUAUGGUACUAAAUGGCAGCUGCAGUGCUCUAUUAAGAAGUGCAGAAGCAUGCUUAGGACCUGCAAAUGAGGUAGUCACGAGUAUGUCUUCAGUUUCUGAAUGCACUAGCUCAAAGCCUGAUUUUUCUAUUCUGAAAGGGGAGAUCUGUUUGGAUAAUCUUUCAAUAAGAGAGCUUCAGGAAGCUUUCAGAGCUACCUUUGGUCGUCAGACUUCUGUCAAAGACAAAUUGUGGCUUAAGCGACGGAUUACAAUGGGAUUAACUAACUCCUGUGAUGUUCCAACUACAAGUUUUGUGAUCAAAGAUAAUAAAGUAGUUCACAAGGAAAUGAAAGAAGAACCAUCCAGGUUGCAAUUGUCUCAGACUGAAGCUGGUUCCAUGUCCACGGAUCAAGUUACUGACGCGACAAUUAACAAUUCCCAAACUUUACCAUCUAGCCCUACUGACCGAACUGAAGACCUGCAAGUGUCCGGCAAGCAACUUAGAAAACCUUUUUGUGAGUAUGAUGAGAAGAAUGAAAAUCUUCAAAUGGAACAAUUUGCUGGCAAAAGGGUGAGAAAGCCUACUAGGCGGUACAUUGAAGAACUUUCAGAAUUCGAGACCAGGGAGUGUACUGCUAAAUUGUUAUCUUCAGUAAAAAAUUCUGGACAUUGCCAGUCCUCUCCAAAAUCUCGGAUCAGGCCAGUUCGUGAUAUUGGCUCCCAGAGCAUAAGCUUUUCCACCAGGCAGGACUCUCUAGGAGGAUUUGGUAUUCAGGUACCAUAUGUCUCCAGGGUGAGAAGAGGGCGCCCAAGGAAGAACUUUGCGACUCUCAUGAAAUACCAUCCUAGUGGCAUUGCAUCCAACCGGGUAAAAAAAGCUCCUAGGAUUCCUGCCAUGCAACAAAAUAGUGAAAUUGGAAGCAGAGUAAGGAAAGCUAGACCUCUACCUAUGCAUACUCCACAGCGGAACUUUGUUGAUGAGAUAGGAAAAAGGGAUGCAGAAACAAUUAACAGCGAUGAGGAGCAAGAUCUGAGGCUUGAAAAGUUUGAUGCAGCUGGAGAUAACACAGAUAAUAAUGCCGAUACUCGGCCACCAUUGACAGGUGGUGUCAGAAGGAAGCAUCAUCGAGCCUGGACCCUUGGUGAGGUUUUGAAGUUAGUAGAUGGAGUAGCUAGGUAUGGAGCUGGUAGGUGGUCUGAGAUCAGACGUUUAGCCUUUGCCUCUUACUCUUAUCGCACCUCUGUUGAUCUUAAGGAUAAAUGGCGGAACCUGCUGAGAGCAAGCCUGGCACAAGGUCCUACAGACAGAGGGGCCAAGAACUCUCGAAAACAUACUUCGAUCCCAAUACCAGCAGCUAUCCUAUCACGAGUAAGGGAACUGGCAGAGAUGCAGUCACAGACUGGUAUUGAGCUUGGUCCAAGCAAGAUUACCGGGCGUGGUGGGGGAAUUGUACAGGAAAAAGGAUCUGGAUUUUUAUGACCAGCCAUGUUGGUAGAACUGUUAAACUAAUGAGAAUAAACACCCUGUAACCACCUAUGUACAAUAUUUUUAGGUAUAUGCAGUCAUCGCUGUUCUCUUCUCUUCAUGCAA